UAGUCGCCCUGCGUGUCAAUUGUCAAUUCCUUUACAUGGUUGAUAGCCGAAAGUACCACGUGCGACUGAAGCAUUUUUCGAGUUUUUUAAGUGAUAAUAAGUAAUUUCAAAAUGCCUUUAGCUGUCGAUCUGCUUCAUCCCUCUCCAGAAAAACAGAGGAGAUCACACAAAAAGAAGAGGUUGGUUCAGCACCCCAACAGUUACUUCAUGGAUGUAAAAUGUCCUGGUUGCUACGCUAUUUCAACGAUUUUCUCCCAUGCCCAGUCAGCAGUCCCCUGCAAAGGUUGUUCCACAAUCCUCUGUACAUCAACAGGGGGCAAAGCAAGACUGACUGAAGGAUGCAGUUUCAGACGUAAACAACACUAAAUUAAGAUAUUUUAAUGUAUCCUCAAAUUUUGUUUUCUAAUAAAGUGCUGUAAUUAAUAUAUUUAACAUUUGAAAGUCCUGGAAAUUAAUUCCCAAUUGUUUGCAUUAUUGCACAAUAUGAAUUCAAAUAUUUUAGCAGUCAUUUUGAAAAC